AUGUACGGAAAAAUUGUCUUCUACGAGGAGAGGAACUUCAAAGGUCGUUCCUAUGAGUGCAGCAGCGACUGCGCCGACAUGUCGUCCUACCUGAACCGCUGCUACUCGUGCAGGGUGGAGAGCGGCUGCUGGAUGGUCUACGAUCAGUCCAACUUCAUGGGGAACCAAUAUUUCCUCAGAAGGGGCGAUUACCCAGACUACAUGAACAUGUGGGGAUGGGGCAUGAACAACUGGAUCAGAUCCUGCCGCAUGAUCCCCAUGUUCCGCGGCUCCUACAGGAUGAGGAUGUACGAGAGGGAGAACUUCAUGGGCCAGACGAUGGACGUGACUGACGACUGCGACUCCAUCAUGGAUCGUUACCACUGGUCCAGCGGCUGCAUGUCGUGUCACGUGAUGGACGGCCAUUGGCUCAUGUACGAGUAUCCUCACUACAAGGGCAGGAUGUGGUACUUCAGACCCGGUGAGUACCGGAGCUUCAGGGAGAUGAUGGGAAGCAGCAGUACGAGGUUCAUGAGCAUGAGGCGCAUCUUGGAUUCCUGGUAUUAA